CAUCCCUAACUACAAUUACGAACACUAUCGCUGAGCUCACUGGUGGCAGUUGUAUCUGUCAUCCGUCGAUGCUAGAAUAGCCGAGUAGGAUAAUCGUUUUGUAUGUGUGUGUAUACCUUUUUGUUGUUAUGAUUGUACCAUGAAUCGGAGAAGUUAUUUUUAAAAUAUAGUUUUAAUUCGUUUAAUGUUACGUCGCGUGUUUUAAUCGUCAUACGAGAAAUGUACUCGGUCACAACCAUCCGCGAACGUAAAAGUGGCGACGAGUAGUUAAGGAAAUAGUGAGAAUCAGUGAGAAGAGUGUCUCCAACAAGGAAGAGGAGAAGAAUGGACGAACACAAUACGCCUCCUGGGGCUGAUCGUUCGCAUCCACCAUCAAUUGCGACGAACGGAAUGCAGCAUACAGCAGUUCCCAACCCAUCAGUGUUCGUGCCACAGCAGCAGCAACAGACGAAUCCGAUUCUUCGCCCGCCGAUGCUUCCAGUAGCUGGACAGCCACAAUUUCAGCAGUAUCCACAUGCAGCAAAUCAACAACAACAGCAGCAUCAAAAUACAUCAUCCAACGAGUUCGUUGGGCAAUGUUUCCAGUUCUUCCAGCAGCUCCAACAACAACAACAAGCCUUCUUCCAAACGAUGCUGUCGUCAAUGCACCAACAACCAACGCAGAAUCCGGAGCAAAUAUUGGACUCUCUCGCAAGCAACAUCCAAGAGUUCCGCUACGAGCCAGAUGCAAAUGUUACCUUUGCAGGUUGGUUCGUUCGAUACGAGGAUUUGUUUGCCAAGGAUGCAGUUCGUCUUGAUGAUGAGGCGAAAGUGCGUCUUCUCCUCCGUAAAGUAGGUCCAAUGGAACACGAACGGUAUACUAGCUACAUUCUCCCAAAGCUUCCGAAGGAUGUUAGCUUUACCGAAACCGUAAGUAAGCUAAAAAGUUUGUUUGGCACAUCUGAAUCUGUCCUAAGUCGGCGCUAUCGCUGUUUACAAGUUGCCAAGCAAGCUACAGAGGAUUUCAAGACCUAUGCAUGCAGAGUGAACAAACUAUGUGUGGAAUUUGAACUUGGGAAGCUAACUGAAGAUCAGUUCAAGUGCCUAGUGUUCGUAUGCGGACUAAAAGCAGAAAGCGAUGCUGAGGUUCGAACGCGUUUGCUAAGCAGAAUCGAAGAAAGGGCCGAUAUCAGUUUGGAGCAAAUAUCGGAUGAGUGCCAACGGCUCCUUAGCAUCAAGCACGAUACGGCGAUGAUUGAGGCAAGGCCUAAUUCGACAUCAGUUCAAGCAAUCAAAAGCAAGAAAUUUGACGGGAAGCGUGCAUCCCGAUAUGAGAGGCGUUCUCCGGUUCCCCUAUCAAACCGGGCUACUGGUACCGGACCUGGUUCGCCGUGUUGGAACUGCGGUGCUAUGCAUUACUCCAAAGAUUGUCCUUUCAAGAAGCAUCAAUGCCGAGACUGCAAGCAAAUUGGACACAAGGACGGAUACUGUUCCAGCGCAAGGAAGGCGAGAAGUCCACGAAGUCAAAACAAGCGUUUUUCAUCGCACCGAAUGGAAACAAAAAGUAUCGUCGUAAAAAGUGUGGUGAAGAAUGUAAAGAAGAGAAGAAGAUUUGUGCAAGUGCUAGCGAAUGAUCGGCAAAUAAGCUUACAGCUAGAUACAGCGUCGGAUAUAAGCAUCAUCUGCGAGAGAACCUGGCGGAAAAUCGGGCGACCUGCGUCAAAUCCAACAACCGUCCAAGCGUCCACUGCAUCCGGAAAGCCGCUCAAGUUAAUGUUUGAAUGUUCCUGUGAGGUUUCGGUUAACGGGAUGAAGCGUCAGGCUCGUUUCUACGUGGUAAAGCAACAGCUCAACUUGCUUGGGCUGGAUUUAAUCGAUCAAUUCAAUUUCUGGUCGGUACCCAUGAAUCGUUUUUGCAACCAUGUCACUAGUUCGACAUCAGCGAUCAGCACUCUCAAGCAGGCCUACCCGACGGUGUUCAGUGAUGCUCCUGGGCUGUGUACUAAGGCGAAUGUGCAACUUACGCUGAAAGAAGGAGCACAACCCAUUUUCCGACCUAAGCGUCCUGUCGCGUACGCAAUGCACAAGACCGUAGAUGAAGAGUUGGAUCGUUUGGAAAACGCUGGGAUCAUAACACCAGUGAAGUAUUCAGAGUGGGCCGCUCCAAUAGUCGUCGUGAGGAAAGCAAGCGGAGCGGUAAGGAUUUGCGGAGAUUACUCAACAGGUUUGAACGACGCUCUACAGCCGCAUCAAUACCCGCUUCCACUGCCACAGGACAUCUUCGCAAAACUGUCAAACUGCAAAGUUUUCAGUCAAAUCGACCUUUCUGACGCAUUUUUGCAGGUUGAAGUGCAAGAAGAAUCCCGGGAUAUGCUAACUAUCAACACACAUCGGGGACUCUACCGCUACAACAGGCUUCCGCCGGGAGUAAAAACAGCACCUGGAGCUUUUCAGCAGCUGGUGGAUACCAUGUUAGCUGGAUUAGAAUGUACGUCAGGUUACCUAGACGACGUGCUAAUUGGCGGUGUGGAUGAGGAACACCAUCAGCGGAACCUCGAAAACGUUCUUCGUCGACUUCAAGAGUACGGGUUCACAAUCAAAGCGGAGAAAUGUUCGUUUGGCCAGCAACAAAUCAAAUACGUUGGUCACAUGAUCGAUGAGCGUGGUCUACGACCGGAUCCGGCCAAAAUCGAAGCGAUCCGCAACAUGCCAGCCCCAACCAAUGUUUCAGAGGUACGCUCAUUCUUAGGAGCGAUAAACUAUUACGGCAAAUUCGUCCCAAGUAUGCGUAUGCUAAGGUAUCCACUAGAUGAGCUCCUCAAGAACGGACGGCAUUUCGUAUGGUCGUCUGAAUGCCAAAAAGCUUUCGAAAACUUCAAGAAGAUCCUGUCAUCCGAUUUGCUACUAACACACUACAAUCCGGCACUUGACAUCAUUGUGUCGGCAGAUGCGUCAUCCAUCGGAAUCGGGGCCACGUUAAGUCACAAGUUCCCAGACGGAUCAAUCAAAGUUGUACAGCAUGCUUCUAGAGCAUUGACCCCAGCAGAGCAAGCUUAUAGCCAACCAGAUCGCGAAGGACUCGCGAUUAUUUUCGCCGUUACCAAAUUUCACAAAAUGGUUUUUGGCAGAAAGUUCACGUUACAGACCGAUCACGCUCCAUUACUUCGUAUCUUCGGAUCAAAAAAAGGAAUCCCCGUCUACACCGCUAAUCGGCUACAACGUUGGGCGCUACAGUUGCUGAUGUACGACUUCAAGAUCGUCUACGUCAACACGGAUAAAUUCGGCAACGCAGAUGUCCUAUCCCGACUGAUACAGCAUCAUGUCAAGCCUGAAGAGGAUUUCGUGGUUGCUAGCAUCGUUCUGGAGAAGGAUAUCAAAGCCUUAGCCACAAGCUCAGUCAAUGCUCUACCACUCAACUUCAAAAUGGUUCAAGAAGAAACACGUUCAGAUCAUGAGCUGGGGAAGCUCUUCCGCUUCAUCCAAGAUGGUUGGCCAAAAUCAAAGUCCAGUGUCAAAGGCGAAGAUGCUAAACGUUUCUACGAUCGUCGGGAUUCUCUAUCAACUGUACAAGGCUGCAUAAUGUUCGGCGAACGUCUGGUGAUUCCGUCGAAUUUCCGAAAGCGCUGUUUACAUCAUUUGCACCGAGGUCACCCAGGAAUGCAGCGGAUGAAGGCGAUUGCUCGUAGCUAUGUUUACUGGCCGUCGUUAGAUGAAGACAUCGUAGCUCAUGUUAAUUCCUGUCAUCAUUGUGCAGCAGUUGCUAAAAGCCCAGCCAAGUCCGAGCCGCUAUCAUGGCCAAAAUCAACGUAUCCAUGGCAACGUGUACACGUGGACUACGCCGGUCCAAUCGAAGGAGAAUACUUCUUGUUAAGCGUCGACGCCCACUCCAAGUGGGUUGAAAUAGUGAAAACCAAGUCAACCACUACUUCAACCACGAUCGGCAUUCUUCGCAGCCUUUUUGCCCGCUUUGGUAUGCCGGAAACAUUAGUUAGCGACAAUGGUCCACAGUUCGCUAGCGCAGAUUUCAGACGGUAUUGUUUGGAAAACGGUGUACAACACAUCACCACAGCACCGUAUCAUCCACAGUCAAAUGGACAAGCAGAGAGGUUUGUGGACACCUUCAAAAGAUCCGUGAAGAAAAUCCGAGAGGGGAAAGGAACAAUACAGGAAGCGUUAGACGUUUUCUUGUUGACCUAUCGCACUACGCCAAAUCCAGCAACACCAGAAGGCAAAUCACCAUCGGAAGCAAUGUUUGGACGCAAAAUUCGCACGAGCUUAGACUUGCUUCGUCCGACAACCAUUCCAACAGUAGUGUGCAGUGAAGAAACAAAGACUAGGCGGAAACCAUUCAAGAAAGGCGAUUUAGUAUAUGCUAAGAUCUACUCAAGUAACCAGUGGAGAUGGGCGUCCGGAGUUGUUUUGGAACCAAUUGGACGUGUUAUGUUCAACGUGUGGGUGGAAGAUAAGCGUAUGGUUCAUGCACAUCUAAACCAGCUUCGAACUCGUUCCAACUGUAAUAACUCCUCAACGAAGCCUGGUAAGCGUGAUGUUAAUUUGCCUUUGGAUAUUCUGCUCAGCGCCUGGAAUUUGUCAAAACCAAACCCGGUGACAACACCUCCGCUACCAUCAUUGUCCAAGUCGAACGCAACAUCUAUAUCGUCAUCGACAAUGCCUGGAUUUUCGUCCGAACAUUCAACGCCGUUGCAACCUACAUCAGUAUCAGAGCCUGCACAAGUGUGGGUGUCACCAGAAGCGUCUUCGUCCAAGCCUACAUCAUCCUCCAUGCCAAGCUCUGUAACGUCGUCGUCAGCAGAGUUCCUAUCAGCCAAUGAACAAACUACAGCUGCCCAGGUACCUCGUCGCUCUUCCCGUGCUAGAAGACCGCCGGUACGGUUUGAUCCCUAUCAGCUGUAUUGA